GCUUGCGCCGCCUCUCUUAGUGUGACAGGCGAAGAGGAAAAUUCAUAACCUCCACUCUCGAUACCCGGUAAACAAAAAUGCCCGUCGACUACAACGGACGCUGGGAGAUGGUGAGCAACGACAAGUUCGAGGAGACCAUGAAGGCCCUCGACAUCGACUUCGCCACCAGAAAGAUCGCCGCCCACCUGCACCAGUCGAAGAUCAUCGUGCAGAACGGAGACGCCUUCGAGACCAAGACGCUGAGCACUUUCAGGAACUACGAGGUCAACUUCACCGUGGGGGAGGAGUUCGAGGAGCACACCAAGGGCCUGGACAACCGGAAGGUCAUGACGUUGGUCACGUGGGACGGAGACAAGCUGGUGUGUGUUCAGAAGGGGGAGAAGGAGAACCGCGGCUGGACUCAUUGGAUCGAUGGAGACAUGCUGCUCCACCUGGAAAUCACCGUGCUCGACAAAGUGUGCCACCAAGUAUUCAAGAAGGCCUGAUGGAGACGAAGAGAGAACCUUGUUGCAUGUUGCUGCCUAUUUUAUGAUGCAAUAAAUUGACUGAAGUUGGUUUUUAAA